UUCUGGUUUUUAGUUUUUACGUUAGUACUGUUUAAAAAGUUGAGAGUGAUCUGUGCAAUUUUUUAUUUUAAACUUCGCAACAUGCUGCAAUAUCAUAAUAAUUUUAAAUUUUUAUAUUGUGAUUUUUGAUUUCAUCAAUAUCAUUAGUAAAUUCAAUAAGACAUAGACUUGAUACAAAUGACAAAGGUCAAUAAUCGCCGAUUCGAUGGAUCCUGAUAAUGCGGAUGGGUCUAACUUACGGAAGAAGAGCGUUCCGUCAAAGAACAAGCAGACUCGAAAAAUACCAACACAAAAGGCGGUGGGAGAAUAUCCUAAAGGCCCAGUCGCAAAUCUAGGUACUGACUAUGAAUGGAAACUCCAUUGCCUAUUUGCAGUAGCUGCAUUCAAACAUUUUGAUAACUGGAGCUUGGCAAACGAAUACAUAGAGGCUGGCAAAUUCGACGAUUUGGUAUUUAAAAUUAAUGAUCAGUGCUUAUUACUACAGGCAAAAUUUAAGGAAAACAGACAAGUCUCUGAUCAGAAAUUCUGGUCAACCAAUCCAAAAUCUGAUAAUUUUAGUAUUUACAAAUAUAUUCUAUCAUACAAUGACAUUAAAUGGAAGUUAAAAGAUCUUAAGACGAAUGCUAUAGUAUUAUGUACCAAUGCCAAUCUACCAGAUACCACAUUUAACUCUAAAAAAAUUUCUGAAAAUAAUAUAAUAAACAAAAUAUUUGGAAAUCAAGUAGAAAUUGGUAGUAUUAAAGAAGAAAAUCGCAAAAAAUUUGACGAAGUUAAAACUUAUCAAGAAAAUAUAAGCGAUGACGAUAAAGACAAACUUACGUGGCAAAAUAUUUCUCUAAAUCAUAAUGAUAUUGAAGAGUUUAUGUCCAAAUUUGUAGUCAUAAAAGUAAGUAUAGAACAAAUUGAUAAACAAAUUUCUAACCUCAUUAUGAGCAUGGAGAAAACAAACCCUUCGUUAAAAAAUUUGUAUAUAAUAAAUCAUAUUCACUACUGGCGAAAUUUGCCCUCUAAACAUUCCAUUUAUAUGACGAAAAAUUAUAUGAGAUAUAUUUGGUAUAGAGAGGAAAAUGAUAGAAGUAUUCAAAAGUUUUUGAAUUACGAAAUCUCUUUUUUAAAUCCCUAUCAAUUCUCACUUUCCAUUAAUUUAAUCAAAGCUGAACACAAUUUGGAUUUAUAUUUAGCUAAAAUAGUUAACAGUAUAAAAUUGAUAUAUAAGAAACAGGACAAACCCGAUGAAAUGUUCUUCAAAGAAGUACUAUUUCUAGCUUUACAGAGUGAUUACAAAACGAUCGAAAAUACAAUGGAAUGUUUUGAAAUAAAAAACGUUAAAUAUUUAGUUGUUUCUUUUUUGGAAAUGGACGAGAAUCAAAGUAAAGAAAUAUAUAAAAAAAUAUCGAGAAUAUUAGACACUAAUAAACAAAAGAAAGUUAUCAUUGUUGCAAAAGAUUUCGGAUUUCAAGAUACUAACGUUGAAAACGAUCAAAUCCGCUUGAACUUAUUCGAUGAAAUGACAAAAGAAAUAGUGUAUAACACGAUUAUAGAAUUUCAAGGUGAAGCUGUAACAUUGAAACAUUUGUUAAAUAAUUGUAAGAUGGCAAAUUUAAUGGAUGGUUGUAAGUCGUUAGAUAUCAUGGAUAAGUCUUAUAUUUCUUCUUUGGUUAAAUCUGCAGGAGAAUCAUUUGAUUUAAAUAAAGAUUCGUACGAAGAACUAGUAGAGUCUAUUAAAAAUAAGUUAUCCAAGGAUGACUCAGACUUGAGAAAUACAACAAUUUUAGAAUUCCAAGGUCAGCAGAUUGUACUAGAUGAUAUAGUAACAAUUUGCAAGAUAGAACAUAUAACUGACGAAUUAUUUAUUUCGAAAUUAAUUAACAAGGAACCUUUAUCUUUAGGAAAAUCUUCAAUACCUUCCAUAACAUCAGAAAAAUAUUAUGUGCCUCGACUUUUGAGUAUGGAUUUUCAGAAUUUAUUUUCUGAAGAAUUUUUACUCAAUGAACUAAAAACGAUUAAUAAAAAAGUAGCUGUACUUACUGGCCCUCUAGGGGCUGGCAAAACAACUCUUUUAGAAAAUAUAAUAUUAUCGAGAAAGUUGAAAGAUCAGAAUUGUUCCCGACUAACAUGGGUAAUAAAUAUAGAAUUAUCAAGAGCAGCAGAGUAUCUACAAAAUAAAUAUUUUAGUCACAGUCUUGUAGGUUUGUUAAGCUAUAGUGAAGACACCAGAGGUAAUUUUGAUAUACAGGCUUUAAAAUCUAUCGAAAAGAUUGUUGUUAUCGAUGGAAUAGAUGAGAAUAAUUCAGAGUACAUCUAUCAAGUGCAAGAUUUGAUUGAAGAUUGCUCUGACUUAGAGAAUCUUAACAUUUUAUUAGUAAUAAUGGCGUGCAGGAACUACGACUUUAUCUUAAAAAAAUUUCAAAAUAACCCUGACGUGGAAACAGUUGUGAUAGAGCCGUUUAAUGAACAAUAUCAAGAGAUUUUUUUUGAAAAGUACGUUACAUUUAAAAACGCAACUAGCGUACAGAAAACAAAAGAUGUGUUUCGUCAUUUAAAAGCACAAGCACCUGGAAUUAAAAAAUUUUGUUCAACUCCAUUUGCGUUGAGAUUAUUAAUCGAUAUAUUACUAAACAACGAGGAUCAUGUAGAACAUAUAUCCAAAAUAUUUUCUAAAUCGUUAAGUGUAUAUGAAUUUUAUAAGCUAUUUUUAGAAGAGAAGAAAAAAACUUUUGUUCAACAACAAAAAUGUGACCGUGGUGUCAUAAACAGUAUUGUUGUAACAGAUGCUUUUGGUGCUUACUUAACAAAAACAAGAAAGUUUGCUGCUAGUAAGAGCCUUCCACGAGAAUUACAAGAACUUUUCAAUAUUGAUAUAUCCCCCUCCAUAAAUACAUCGAUGCUUUCAAUUGGAAUAUUCGAAGAAGGACACGGAGAAUUUAAAUUUAUUCACAAAAGUUUCGAAGAAUACUUCGCUGCCGAAUACAUUUGUAAUUUUCUCAGUCAUAAACGUAUUAGCGACUCUAUACUUUUAGCUCUUCUUAACAAACUUUUCCUUAAUUCACAGUAUGCUGGUGUAUCUGGAUUCUUUGAAGAAAUUCUCGACAUCAAAAUAUCAGAUAUAAUUUUCAGUAAGAUUAGUAAAAAGUUUGGUCGGGUACUUAGUGAACAAAAAUGGCUAGAAAGUAUAUCACUUUUAGUAUUUCAAGGCUAUUUUAAUAUUGUCAAAUUUGUAUUUCACGAAUACGAUGAUUUUUCCAAAGUGAUUAAUCGUAGAGGUUUUUCUGGUGAAACGGCAUUGCACCUAUCUGCUCACUAUCCACAUCUUGUGAAGUACUUAGUUGAAAAAGGAGCUGAAAUAAACUGCGUUGAUGAGACUGGACUGACCGUAUUUCACUACAUCAUAAUGAUGUGCUGGGACUCAGAGAAAUACAAAAAAUAUUUUAAUAUGGUCUUUGAGAAAAUGAGAUAUCGCGAGAAUUUUAAAUCAAUAACGUUUUUUGAUGAGUACUUUAAACUUAUACGAAGGGAUCAGCAAAAAGGAAUUCGGUGUAAGGUAGAAUAUGAUAUUAUUCUAGAUUUGAUUGAUUAUUUGAAAUAUCAUGGAUUGAAAAAUGAAUAACCAUUUUCAAUUUCGUUGCAAAACGAAAAUACAGCCGAACCAUAUUCCAGUCCAAUCAGAGAGUGCUGCAAGCACCUCUACCGGUUUCGAAACUUAUUAGUCUCUCAUCAGGAGGCACAUAUGCUGCUCUCCCUGAUCCAACCAAAACA